AAGCCACGCCACGAAAACACACACACACACACUGCACACCGCGCCCACUGCACUCGUUCAUUUUCCAGACCUGCUGUGGCUCUGCUUUGCGUCGUGUGAGUGUGUGAGUGACAUAUCCAAACAAGCAAGCAAGCAAAGCGAGCAGCAAUAAUGGCGACGACGACGACGAGGGUGAUUCUCGUCGUGGCCCUGUGCCUUGUUGGCCUGGCCCUCUUCCCUGGCCCUUCGUUUACGGAUGAGACCGCUGAUGACACUGCUGUGAAUGUGGACGCACCUGAGUCGGUGGACGCCGACCUCUCUGCACACAAGAGCACGGGCACGGACGCCGAGGUGGUGGAACGCGAGGAGCAGGCCAUCAAGCUGGAUGGCAUGAGCGUGGCAGAGGCCAAGCUGCUGCGCGAAAAGGCAGACACGUUUGAGUUCCAGGCCGAGGUCAACCGCAUGAUGAAGCUCAUCAUCAACUCCCUGUACAAGAACAAGGACAUCUUCCUGCGCGAGCUCAUCUCCAACGCCUCCGACGCCCUCGACAAGAUCCGCUUCCUCUCGCUCACGGACAAGGACGUCCUCGGCGACGUGCCGGACCUGCACAUCAAGAUCCACGCCGACAAGGACAACGGCGUCCUGCACAUCACCGACACGGGCAUCGGCAUGACCCGCGAGGACCUCAUCAACAACCUCGGCACCAUCGCCAAGUCCGGCACCAGCGAGUUCCUCACCGCCAUCAGCGAGGGCAAGGCCGACGCCAGCUCCCUCAUUGGUCAGUUUGGCGUUGGCUUCUACUCGGCCUUCCUCGUCGCCGACACGGUCGUCGUCACCACCAAGCACAACAACGACAAGCAGUACAUCUGGACCUCGGACGCCGCCUCCUUCUCCAUUGUGGAGGACCCGCGCGAGGACGAGCAGCUGGGCCGCGGCACCCGCAUCAGCCUGUACCUCAAGGACGAGGCCCGCGAGUUCCUGCAGGAGAACCGCAUCCGCGACCUCGUGCGCAAAUACUCUGAGUUUAUCAACUUUGACAUCUACCUAUACACGAGCAAGGAGGUUGAGAUUGAUGUUGAGGCUGAGGAGGAGGCCCUGCGCGCAGAGGAGGAGGAGCUUCUUGACGAGGACGAGGAAGAGGCGCCCGAGAGCGAAGAUGACGCGGACGACGACGAUGAGGGUUAUGAGGGCGACGAUGAGGAUGAGGAUGAGGAGGAGGAGGACGAGGAUGAGGUGGAGGCCGAGCCCACCAAGACCACGCGCACCGUGUGGGACUGGGAGGUGAUCAACGCCAACAAGCCCAUCUGGACCCGCAACCCAAAGGAGGUUGAGGACGAGGAGUACAACAACUUCUACAAGGCCUUCAGCAAGGACACCAAGGACCCGCUGGGCAAGAUCCACUUCACCGCCGAGGGCGAGGUGACGUUCCGCUCCAUCCUGUACAUCCCACAGGAGGCGCCCGCGGGCUUCUUCAACGACUACGGCAACACCCAGUCGGAUCUCAAGCUGUACGUGCGCCGCGUGUUCAUCACGGACGAGUUUGACGACAUGCUGCCCAAGUACCUUGGCUUCAUCCGCGGCGUGGUGGACUCGGACGACCUGCCGCUCAACGUAUCCCGCGAGACGCUGCAGCAGCACAAGCUCCUCCGCGUCAUUAAGAAGAAGAUUGUGCGCAAGGCGCUGGAGAUGAUCAAGAAGCUGGACGACGAGAGCUUCAAGAAGUUCUGGAAGGAGUUUGGCACGAGCAUCAAGCUGGGCCUGAUUGAGGACUUCCAGAACAAGUCGCGCCUGGCCAAGCUGGUGCGCUUCCACUCGUCACACGAGGACGGCGAGCUGACGUCGCUGGACGACUACGUCGCCCGCAUGAAGAAGAAUCAGGAGCACAUCUUCUUCGUCGCCGGCUCCUCCAUGGAGGAGGUCAAGGCAUCGCCGUUUGUGGAGCGCCUGCUCAAGCGCGGCUACGAGGUGCUGUACCUCACAGAGCCCGUCGACGAGUACACCAUCCAGAACCUGCCCGAGUACGACGGAAAGAAGUUCCAGAACGCCGCCAAGGAGGGCCUCAAGCUGGACGACUCUGAGGCCGCCAAGAAGUACAAGGAGGAGCAGGAGGAGGAGUUCAAGCCGCUCACGGAGUGGCUCGGCGAGCACCUGAGCGAGGACAUCGAGAAGGCCGUCGUCUCGGACCGCCUCACAGACUCGCCGUGCGCCCUGGUUGCGUCGCAGUACGGCUGGUCUGGCAACAUGGAGCGCAUCAUGAAGGCGCAGGCGUACGCGCGGCAGGACGACGCCGGGUCGAGCUUCUACGCGCGACAGAAGAAGACGCUUGAGAUCAACCCGCGCCACCCGCUGAUCAAGAGCCUGCUGGAGCGCGCCAAGGCCCUGGAGGACGAGGAGGACGCCACAGACGAGACACUGGAGGACACGGCACGCGUGCUGCUGGACACGGCGCGGCUGCGGUCCGGAUACCUCAUGCAGGACUCUGUUGGGUUUGCGCAGCGCAUUGAGCGCAUGCUCCGCCUGAGUGCCGGCGUUGACCUCGACGCGCCCGUGGAGGAGGAGCCCGUGUUUGAGGACGAAGAUGAGGAUGAGGGCGACGAGGAUGAGGAUGAGGAUGAGGAGAUUGAGGACGAAGAUGAGGAGGAAGAAGAUGAGGAGGAGGAGGGGGAGGAAGAAGAAGAAGAGGAGGGAGAAGAGGCAGAGGGCGUUGCUCAUGAGGAGCUCUAAGCCAACACUCAUCCACACAUACACAUACACAUACACAUGUUGGUCUCGGUGUUUCUUUGAACGUUUUGUUUGGUUGUUUGUUUGUUUGUAUGGACUUGGGAUUGGACUGUGUUUGAGGCAUCAUGUGCUCUCGUACAUACACGACGCAUUCGAUUCAAAAUACACAGCAAACAGGUGA